CGCUAAAUUAUGGAAAUUGGAGACAACUUGGCACAAGACAAGCCCAAAACGUUCCUUGACAAAAUAUAGGGAGCGUUGUACUCAUUUUCAUGUACCAAAAUUCCUUAAGUGGAAGUACAAAUUUAAUUAGAACUCCAUAAAAAUCUUGACCCUUCUCGGUAGCGAGAAACCAAAAACAAACAGUUGGGAUGGGAACUCCAGAGACGUCCAGAGAGCCGUGCCCAGAUCGCAUCCUGGACGACAUCGGUGGAGCUUUCGGGAUGGGCGCUGUUGGGGGCUCCGCCUUCCAUUUUCUCAAAGGCGUCUAUAAUUCCCCUAGUGGCUCCCGUCUCAUCGGUGGCACCCAAGCCGUUCGCAUGAAUGCGCCCCGCGUAGGCGGAAGCUUCGCCGUGUGGGGCGGGCUUUUUUCGACUUUCGAUUGUUCCAUGGUCUACCUCCGCCAGAAAGAGGACCCCUGGAAUUCCAUCUUUGCUGGCGCCGCCACUGGCGGUUUCCUCUCCAUGCGCCAGGGGCUCGGCGCGUCGGCUCGGUCCGCUCUUUUCGGCGGCGUCCUACUGGCGCUAAUUGAAGGAGCUGGGAUCAUGCUUAAUAAAGUCCUCAGUGGCCCGCAAAACAUGCCGAUUAUAAUGGAGGAGCCGGUUCCUAGCAUGGCUGGUGGGCCAGGGUUUCCUCCAGGCUUACCGAGCCAGCUCGAUCAAGGAUUGGAAUCAAGUUCUUCUCAGUCGGAUUCAGGUUGGUUUGGAGGGAUCUUUAGUGGAGGAAAGAAGAAAGAGACCCCGGCGACCUCUGGGAGUAAGACCGAGAUAUUGGAGAGUUUCGAUGCGCCUCCGGUGCCCAAUUUUGAGUACAAGUAAAAAUUUAGGUCUUCAAUUAAAGAGAUUGAACUAUCCAUUUGAACUGCAGCUUGUUUUGUGAUCUUGAUUUAUGCCAUAACGAAUGUUUGUGUGCGAAAGCUGUGUUUUUCUUUCUUUCUUUAUUUUUUUUCGUUCUUUAAUGAUUUAUUAAUUUGUAGCUAGCAUUGCAUAAUAAUUCGGAUGGAAUCCGAAAUUCAAUGAAUAUGAAUUAUAUAUAUUUUGUUUA